AUGUGUGUAUUUUUAUUAACGCAAAGACAUUCCGACAAGGCACAGACGGCUCGACAACAUAGAAACAAUAUAACAAUUUAUAACGUCCGGUCGUGUCGUAUCGUAUCCAACGGCCCUCAAUUGGCUCACGAUUUUUCUAUUGAGAUCUAUAAAGAUGGGGAGUCUAUUUCUGAUGCCGAACUUUGUUACUAUCAUGAGGGUAAAGGAACCAGAGGAAAAACUGUACUGUAUAAUUGUAAACAGAUAAUAAAAGGUCGCUAUGUUAGAAUUAUUAUCAAUGGUCAACCGGGCGUUAAGGAAAUGCUAAUAUUAUGUGAGGUUCGAGUAUUUGGAACACGAAUCGUCAGUAUCAAUUCGUCAUACAGUCGAUUAGAAGAUGCAGAAGUAUCUUCCACGCCGGAUAUGACGUACAAUGUACAAGGAUAUGGUCAAUGUGCUAUGAAAUGUUAUGUGUUACCAAUGUGUCAUAUCUUCAGUGUUAAAUUGGUGUCUGAUUAUUAUCAAUGUAAUAUAUUUACACAGGAAAAUACUGAGCUCGCAGCAAACUCUACAGGACGACCCGACACUGCAGUUUUUUUAAACAACAAAUAG